CCCUCUAGUAAAUGAAGUGUCAACUAUCCGCGUGUCGUCCAUGUUCCGAAUGUGGUGUGACUUAUUUUUGUUUUGUAUUAAUUUUCAAUAUAGUAAUUAUAAAUGUGAAAUGAUACAAAAUGUGUUAUCCCAUAUAGUGGAACCUUGCUUUGGCUGAAUGGAUCCCUACGUUGGGUGGUAUCAGCCCGAGCAGGAAGGACCCGCGAAGCGCUUGUGGCUUCGUAUCUGGGAAACUCAAAGUGAAACAGACAAAAUGAACCUCAAAAACUUAGAGAACGCUAAUCCUAAUGUGAAUAAAGCACAAGACUUUAUACCAUUAAACGAAGUGAACGGUGAAAAUAGGAAUAAUAAUUAUUUUAAUCCUACGCGAAGGAAAGCGAACGAUAACCGCGCAUCUACGUUUAACCUGAAUCAAAACCACGAUGCUCUCAUAGGCGAAUACGGUGGCUGCCCGUGGCGGAUACCUAAUUAUAAUUACAAGCCUGGAGUUUUAGGGCUCCACGAGGAGAUCGAGCACUUCUACAUGUACAUGUCUCCCACGGAGACGGAACACCUGGUCCGCUCCACAGUCGUCAGCCGCAUCCGCAGCACUAUCCUGUCCCUGUGGCCUCAGGCCCGCGUCGAGGUGUUCGGCUCUUUCCGGACCGGCCUCUACUUGCCGACGAGUGACAUCGACCUCGUAGUCAUCGGUCAAUGGGAGAAGCUGCCCCUGUGGACUUUGGAACGCGAAUUGGUCGGGCAGAACAUUGCGGAGAAGGAGAGCAUCAAAGUUUUAGAAAAGGCCACGGUCCCGAUUGUGAAGAUGACCGACAAAUACUCCGACGUUAAGGUGGAUAUUUCGUUCAACAUGAGCAACGGGGUCAAGAGUGCAGAGCUCAUCAAGCAGUUUAAGGAAAAGUAUCCAGUUCUAUCUCGACUAGUCAUGGUCUUGAAGCAGUUCCUGCUGCAGCGUGACCUGAACGAGGUUUUCACUGGCGGAAUCUCCUCCUACUCCCUGAUCCUCAUGUGCAUCAGCUUCCUCCAGCUACAUCCAAGACCCGACAGGCUGAGACAGCCACAUAACCUGGGAGUGCUGCUCAUCGAGUUCUUCGAGUUGUAUGGGAGGAAGUUCAAUUACGUUAAGACGGCGAUAAGAGUUAAAAAUGGGGGGUCAUAUGUUUCAAAGGAUGAAAUACAGAAGGAAAUGAACGACGGACAUCGACCAUCGCUGCUCUGCAUAGAGGAUCCCCUGACGCCCGGCAACGACAUCGGCCGCUCCAGCUACGGCGCGAUACAAGUCAAGCAGGCGUUCGACUACGGGUACAUCAUCCUGCAGCAGGCCGUGGCGCCGCACAACGCGCUGCUGUCGCGCCACAGCGUGCUGGGCCGCGUGCUGCGCGUCACGGACCACGUGCUGCAGUACCGGCGCUGGGUGGCCGGCACCUUCGAGCCCUUCUUCUUCCCGCACCGGCCGCGCCCGCGCCGCGCGCCCAGCCGCUCCCCCGCGCGCUCGCCGCCCCCGCGCUCCCCGCCGCCGCCCUCGCCGCCCUCGCCGCCCUCGCCGCCCUCGCCCUCCGCGUCCGACAGCUCGGGCGAGUGGUCGGACGCGCCGCGCGGGCGCACGUCGCCGCCGCCGCUGUCGGCGCUGCAGUGCUCGUCGCCCACGCCGCGCCGCGUGUCGGCGCACCAGAACCUCAUCAUCCACCACAUCACCAGCAACUCGGACUUCAACAACAUCCCCUCGGGUGAGUGCGCGGCGCGGCGGGCGCGGCCCGACGGCGCCUGCGCGGCCGCGGCCGACGCUCCCCGGGGGCGCCCCGGGCCCGCGCCCUCCGCCCGGUCUGACCCCGUUUCCGCCGCAGGUGUGAUGCAGCAGCGCUACGGCCCCCCCGCGCCCCCCGCCGACGCCAAGGGCCGCGGCUCGCGCUCGUUCUCGGCCAAGCAGAAGCGCUACAACGGCUCCCCGCCCGCGCAGCGCUACCGCGGCGACAACCGCCACAAGAAGCGCCGCCAGGUGGCGCAGCCGCGAUGA